AUGGAAAGGACAAACCUGAGCCAAGAGAUGGAGUUUGAACUCUUGGGCCUCACCAAGGACCCUCAGCUUCAAAGGCUACUCUUUGUGGUAUUCCUGGCCAUGUACUCCAUCACUGUGCUAGGGAACCUGAUCAUGUUCUUUCUAAUCCAUGUGAGCAUCACUCUGCACACACCCAUGUACUCCCUCCUCAAGAGCCUUUCAUUCCUGGAUUUCUGCUAUUCUUCUACGGUGGUCCCCCAGACCCUGCUGAACUUCUUGGCUAAGAGGAAGGUGAUCUCUUAUCUUGGCUGCAUGGCUCAGAUGUUCUUUUAUGCGGGCUUCGCCACCAGCGAGUGCUAUCUCAUUGCUGCCAUGGCCUAUGACCGCUAUGUCGCUGUUUGUAAUCCUCUGCUCUACCCAACCGUCAUGUCUCCGAACGUCUGUGCCUCUCUGAUCGUGGGCUCCUACAGUGCAGGGUUUCUCAAUUCUCUUAUCCACACAAGCUGUAUCUUCAGUCUGAACUUCUGUGGUGCUCACGUGGUCACUCAUUUUUUCUGUGACGGACCACCCAUCCUGUCCCUGUCCUGUGUGGACACUUGGCUGUGUGAGGUCUUGCUCUUCAUCUUUGCGGGUUUCAACCUUCUGAGCUGCACGCUCACCAUCUUGAUCUCCUACUUCUUAAUCCUCAUCGCCAUCCUACAGAUGAACUCAACCCAAGGCAGGUUCAAGGCGUUUUCCACCUGCACAUCCCACCUCACUGCUGUGUGCUUCUUUUUUGGCACGACUCUUUUUAUGUACCUGCGCCCUAAGUCCAGCUACUCCUUGACCCAGGACCGCGUGGUUGCUGUCAUCUACACAGUGGUGAUCCCGAUGUUGAAUCCCUUAAUCUACUCUUUGAGAAACAAGGAUGUGAAGGAAGCUUUAAGGAAGGUUUGGGGCUGGAAAUCAAUGGAAUGA